CGGGAGGGGAGGGGUAGAGUUGGUCACUGGGUCAGCCCGAGGGCACGUGACAAGGUGGGGGACGCUGGAACGGUCUGGGAACCCCCCACCCAGUACUAAUAUUCUUUCGCCCAGCUCUGCGCUCCCUUCCGUCUCUCAAACCCCACGCAGCCAAAGAAGGGCGAUUGGAGAUAGGAGCUUAAGCAGUCGCUGUGUGCUGCCAGGAACCCUGUGGAUCUGAGGCUGUUUGGCAGCCUCCUAGCGCCUGCAGAAGCUCCUGGUCGCGUUUCCGGUUUCUUCAUGGCGAGAAUCUGGCUCUGUGCGGGUGGCGCUGGCUUCUUCCUUGCACUUCUGGUUUUACAUUCGCAUUUUUCUGGCUCUCCGGUUUUAAGGGAGUUUGUUUUCCAAAUUUCCUGGAGAACUGAGGAAAUUCUUUAUAGGCUCGAUGUGAAUUGGCCUAAGCAUUCAGAGUACUUUACUGGAGCAACAUUUUGUACUGCAGUUGACACCCUGAAUGGACUGGUUUACAUAGCCCAAAGAGGGGAUAAUAUCCCAAAGGUAUUAGUGUUCACAGAGGACGGUUAUUUUCUACGAGCUUGGAAUUCCACAGUUGACACACCUCAUGGUAUGUUUGCAACCAGUUCACUGGAUGAACAAGCAAUCUGGAUCACGGAUGUAGGAAGUGGAUCCUUUGGUCAUACUAUUAAAAAAUAUAAUUCCUUUGGUGAUCUUAUUCAAGUCUUGGGUACCCCAGGCAAAAAAGGCACUGGUUUGAACCCCCUGCAGUUUGACAACCCUGCAGAAUUAUAUAUAGAGAGCACAGGAGAUAUUUACAUUGUGGAUGGAGAUGGAGGACUGAAUAACAGAUUGAUCAAGUUGUCCCAAGAUUUCAUGAUGCUUUGGUUGCAUGGAGAAAAUGGGACAGGGCCUGCUAAGUUCAACAUACCUCACAGUGUUACAGUUGAUUCAUCUGGUCGAGUGUGGGUUGCUGACCGAGGAAAUAAAAGAAUUCAAGUAUUUGAUAAAGACACUGGGGUGUGGUUAGGAGCAUGGAAUAAUUGUUUCACAGAAGAGGGACCUUCUUCAGUCAGAUUUACUCCUGACGGGAAGUACUUGGUUGUAGCCCAACUGAAUCUUAGCAGGCUCUUAUUUGUGGCAGCACCCCCAGUGGGAAGCAUUGGCUACUGUUCUGUGAUAAGCUCAAUCCAACUAGCAGAUCAAGUUUUACCUCAUCUCUUAGACGUCAGUGGAAAAACUGGAGCAAUCUAUGUAGCAGAAAUUGGAGCAAAACAAGUACAAAAAUAUGUCCCUUUGAAAAGCUAUUUCCCUUCAUUCCACUUAUAAUGUUUAUUUCCCUAGAGAUCAUUCAAAUGAAGGUUCAGAUUCUCAAAUUCAUUGUUAAAUGCUUAAAAAUAAUGUUCAAGAGCAAGAAUUCAUUUUUUAUUUUUAUUUGUAUCUAAUCUAGUAUCAGAAAAUUUGUUUCUAUAAAGUCAUUAAGAAUUAUAUGUUGCCCGGCCUGACGUGGCUCAGCAGUUGAGCGUCAACCUGGGAUCCAGGCGAUCGGGGUUUGAUUCCCUGUCAGGGCACAUGCCCG